CUUUGCCUGCAAAUCAUGAUCAGAUUUUGUAUCCUGUGCGCGGGCUGGACUGGUAGGAAAUAUCGGGAAAUUUCCCUAAAAAUCGGAAAUAAAAUCGGCGAUACAAACCGAAAAUUCGCCGAUAAGUUGCAGUAUCCGGCGAUUUUUGGAAGAUUUCGCCGCUUUUUCGCCUGCAUCCAUUUUUCGGCGCUUUUUUUCGCCGAUUUUAACCGAAAUUUGGCGAAAUUUCUCCCAUCGACAUUUCGCCCCCCUCUUUCGUAUCGCCGGCCACCGAAACCCGAAAUUUCGGCCAAAAAAAUGGAAACUUUCAUCCUUGAGUGAGUGUGGACAGCAAUAAAGCAAUUUGAUUACUUGUUGUGCAGAGUCUGCAGACACGCCCAUGUGACACUGCCUUUCCCUGAUUGCUUUAUUCAUUGAAGAUAUGCCAAAAGCAUGCAUUGUAUUUUUUUGCUUUUUCUUUUUCUUUUUUCUUUCAUUGUUUCAAUACUAAUGGACAAUUCUUCUCAAUAAUUUGUGGAAGUUCUUAAAGAACCCUUCUUCUUUUUUUGUAAUUUCAUUGUGAGCAAAGGUGAUAUUUUGAUUGUAGAAGGGUGGACAAGUAAUUAGACCCAUCUCAUAUAAUUAAGAGCAAGUUUUGAGAGUGCAGAGGCCUUCAUAACUCUCUGGGUUUUCCUCAUUGUAUGUUUCUGAACUUCUGAAUCCUUCGUUUCCAAAGAAAAAUGGUUGUGGUGGAGGCAUUUCUGUCUUCCUUGUUUGAGGUGGUGCUGGACAAGCUGGUGGCUGCCCCUUUGUUAGAUUAUGCACGCCAGCUCAAAGUUGACACAGCAGUGCUCCAGGAGUGGAGGAACACUUUGUUGCAUCUCCAAGCAGUGCUGCAUGAUGCUGAGCAGAGGCAGAUUCGGGAAGAAGCAGUGAAGAGGUGGCUGGACGAUCUCAAAGCUUUAGCUUACGACAUUGAAGAUGUCCUUGACGAGUUUGAAGCUGAAGCUAAGCGGCCCAGUUUGGUACAAGGACCUCAAACCAGCAGCAGCAGCAGCGGCAAGAGAGGGUGAUGGAGGAGUGUCAUCAGUGACUGAACAAAGGUUGACUACUUCUUUGGUGGAUGAGGUUGAGGUUUAUGGUAGGGAUGGUGAUAGGGAGAAGAUCAUAGAAUUAUUGCUAUCUGAUGAAGUGGCUACUGCUGAUAAAGUUCAGGUGAUUCCAAUUGUUGGUAUGGGUGGGGUUGGAAAAACAACCCUCGCUCAAAUAAUCUAUAACGACAAGAGGGUGGGGACAAGUUCGAUUUCAGAGUCUGGGUGUGCGUAUCUGAUCAGUUUGACUUGGUAGGAAUAACAAAAGCAAUUUUAGAGUCGGUCCCUGAACAUUCAUCUAGUAAUUCUAACACCUUGCAAUCACUACAACAUAGUCUGCAGAAAGAAUUGAAUGGAAA